AUGGAGGUGCGAUGUGUUCUCCUCCACAUCCGGCUUCGGUCCUGGCACGUCCUGUGCCAUUUGCCUGUAGCAAAGGGGACUGGGAGCGCCAUAACGCCGGGUCUGAGGCCAGGAGAUGCUGUGGAUCCCAGGAAGAGGAAGGGCAAUGUCUUGUUGCAGCAGCCCCUCGGCAGCUUCCCCGGCUCCUGGGAACGGGGCAGCUCCGUGCCAUGCCCAACCUGGCCGGUUGCAGAAGGGUUGAAUUUGGGCUCGUUCCGCUGCCCCGAGCCGGGAGUGAACCCCUGGGGCAACGCGAGGUGGGAGGAAUGCUUCUUUGAUUGCAACCGGAGGUGCGGAGCCCUGCCCUUCCUCGGGGAAAAGGAGGAGGAGGAGUGCCCGGAGGAGGCAGCCGGGCGCUUGCGGCAGUGUCUGCGAGGAUUCGAGCUCUCCCCGCCGGGCUGCAAAAUCAAAGCCCUACGCGCCAAGACCAACACAUACAUCAAGACACCGGUCAGGGGCGAGGAGCCCGUUUUCAUCGUGACUGGGAGGAAGGAGGACGUGGAGAUGGCAAAAAGGGAGAUCCUCUCGGCCGCCGAGCACUUCUCCAUGAUCCGAGCGACGCGUAACAAAGCGAACGGGCUGACGGGAGCAAUGCAGGGGCCCCCCAACCUGCCGGGUAUCCAGGUGAGGGUCCCGUACCGUGUGGUGGGGCUGGUGGUGGGUCCCAAGGGAGCCACCAUCAAGCGGAUCCAGCAGCAGACACACACGUACAUCGUGACACCCAGCCGGGACAAGGAACCCGUCUUCGAGGUGACGGGCAUGCCCGAGAACGUGGACCGGGCUAGGGAGGAGAUCGAGGCGCACAUCACCAUGCGGACAGGCUCCUUCAUUGACGUCAAUGCCGACAACGACUUCCACUCCAACGGCACCGACGUCUGCCUCGACCUGCAGGGCAGCACGGCCAACCUGUGGGCCAAAGCCCCCCACCCUGCCCGCCGUCCCUCAGCCGCCCUGCGCAACGACAGCCUCAGCUCCCUGGGCAGCGCCUCCACCGAGUCCUACUACAGCGGACGGGUGGAGGACGCCACUGCACCCACCAGCAGCCACCUCCGCAUGGUGGCCAGUCAGUCGCCCGGGCUUUGUCAUGGCUAUGCGGGGCUGGCCGGGCCACCGUGGGUGUGUGGGGACAGCAGGGACUCGCAGGCAGCAGCACCCACGGGCAGUGGGGACCCAUGGGCGGUUGAGAGCCACGGGCAGCAGGGAUCUACAGAGAGGGGCACCCACAGAGAGUGGCCGGACAGUGUACCCAUGGGCAAGUGGCACCCGCAGAGAGUGGCACCCAUGGGGACCCACGGGCAGCAGCCCCCCUCGAGACCUGUCAACACACCGUCGGUGCUGUGGCCACAGGUUUUCAUCAUUACUGGAGUUUCUCUGUAA